GAAAAAGGAGGGGGAUAGAGAAGCGCAUAUUCUCUAGAUUGUCUUUCACCACGUCCGUCUUCCUAGCUCUCCGUUUCUCUCUCAUCUCCCUCUGACCAGAGUUUAAACUCAAGUGUAUUGAUCUGCUGUUUUCCACUCCUUCCAUUCAUUUAGUGGAUUUUGUCUGCAUUUCGCUCAUUUUACGGUAGUGUUUUUUGCCUCCUCUUUUUCUCUGAUUGUGCGUGUGUGAACAUUCAUCUCUGCAAGUGUUGCUGUCAAUGGAGUUGAGUUGGCCAUGAAAUAUUAAAGAAUUUCAAGGGCUUCUGGAGAUUCCAAUGACAAAUUUAUCGAAAGGAAACACUGGAUGGAGGCUCUUUCCUGGAUCUGACUGUGUUGAUGCUUCAACUGAUGUUUCACUCUAUUCGAGCUCUCUUCCUCUUCUCUUCCAUGAGAAGAAGUUGAAUGUGAGUGAAGUGAAACAAGGUCUCAAAUCCAUCGAUGACACAUCACUCUUGAAAAAGAUUCACCCAGAAGUAGAGGUUGAUGAUUUGCUUGAAGAUGAUAUUCACACAUCAAUCAAAUGCUUACUUCCAGAUGAUGAGGAUGAACUCCUAUCUGGCAUAGUGGACAGCUAUGACUUGAUUGGGCUUCCUAAUCGUACUAGUGAUGACUUGGAAGACUAUGAUCUCUUUGGUAGUGGAGGAGGGUUGGAACUGGAAUCUGAUCCUCAGGAAAACCUAACUAUUGGUGUAUCAAAACUAAGUCUUCUCUCUGAUAUAGCUGGAGUGCCUCCUAAUGGGGUUGGGACCAUCAGUGGAGAGCAUCCCCUUGGGGAACAUCCCUCAAGAACAUUAUUUGUUCGUAAUAUCAACAGUAAUGUUGAGGAUUCCGAAUUGAGAAUUCUGUUUGAGCAAUAUGGUGAUAUCAGAACUAUGUACACUGCUUGUAAGCAUAGGGGUUUCGUGAUGAUAUCUUAUUAUGAUAUCCGUGCUGCUCGAACAGCAAUGCGGGCUUUGCAGAAUAAGCCCCUCCGGAGAAGAAAACUGGAUAUUCAUUUCUCGAUUCCAAAGGAUAACCCUUCAGAGAAAGAUAUUAAUCAAGGAACCCUAGUAGUUUUCAAUUUGGAUCCAUCAGUUUCUAAUGAUGACCUCCAUCAAAUCUUUGGGUCCUAUGGUGAGAUCAAAGAGAUAAGGGAAACUCCACACAAGAGGCGCCACAAGUUCAUUGAGUAUUAUGAUAUUAGGGCUGCUGAAGCAGCUCUCAGAUCCUUAAAUAGGAGUGACAUAGCUGGAAAGAGGAUAAAACUCGAACCUAGCCGCCCCGGGGGAGGACGUCGAAAUUUUAUGUUUCAAAUGAAUCAAGAUCUCGAACAAGAAGAAUCUAGGAGUUUACCUCCACGGUUUGGUUCUUCAUUUGGUACUUCACCAACAGGCAAUUGGCAACACUUCGACAGUCCCGGGGAUCAAGCUCAUAUGCAGAGCCCUAGCAAUUCCAAUGGUUUUAGAUCCUUCAAUGCAACAUGUGGAAAUAUCUUACCUGGUUUAGCUUCUAUCUUGUCUCCUCAAGCUUUAAACCCUGUUAGGGUUGCACCUACAGGUAAGUUUGAAAGAACGGGUUCUUCCAUCCAACAACCACAUUCUUUUCCAGAGCCAAUACCAAGCUGGUAUUCCGGUCCGAUUUCAUCAUAUGGUGCUUCUAGUUCGAACGGUUCAGGUAUCGAAACACUAUCCGGGACACAAUUUCUUUGGGGAAGUCCAAAGGUGUAUCCUGAACAAAGUAAAAGCAACUCUUCUUCUGUGUGGCAUCCUUUCACAUCUAAUAAUGACAACAUGUUUUCUUUCUCUAAUCAACAUGGAUCCUUCCUUGGUUCUUCAACCCAACACCGGCCAGACCUUCAAAAUGUGGGGUCUGCUCCACCGGGUCUUCCUUCCAAGAGGCACUUAGGCUUUUUUCCGGCAUCGUCACCGGAAACCUCGUUCUUGGGUCCAGCUUUCCGAGGCUCAGCCACUGGACCCCACGAGAGAAGUUAUAUGAUGAAUGGGUCCCCUGGAUUUAACAUGUUAACUUCUCAAAAGUUGAGCCCUGUUUACUUGGGAAUUGGUCACACCUCAGGACCCACAGCUGCGUUUUUUGACUGUUCGGUUGAGCAUGGGCGCCUCAGGCGGGUCGACAUUAAUGGCAGCUGUACUGAUAACAUAAGGUUCCAGCUUGACUUGGACAAGAUUAGAAGUGGGGGUGAUGGUCGGACAACUUUAAUGAUAAAAAACAUUCCAAACAAGUACACCUCCAAGAUGCUGCUGGCCACUAUUGAUGAAUAUCAAAGGGGCACCUAUGACUUUCUUUAUUUGCCCAUUGAUUUUAAGAAUAAGUGCAACGUGGGUUAUGCAUUCAUUAAUAUGUUGUCUCCGGCGCUCAUCAUACCAUUUUAUGAGGCUUUUAAUGGGAAAAAAUGGGAGAAGUUUAAUAGUGAGAAAGUGGCUUCUUUGGCAUAUGCUCGGAUCCAGGGAAAGAGUGCCCUUGUUGCACACUUUCAGAACUCAAGCUUAAUGAAUGAAGACAAGCGCUGUAGGCCAAUAGUAUUCCAUUCAGAAUGUUCAGAAUCCAGUGGCCAGAUUGCCGAGGAACAUCUCUCUUCCAGUAGUUUGAAUAUUAAAGAUCGUCAAACAAUUGUGUCAGGGUUAUCAGAAUCUUCCGGUAGCCCGGCUGGCGAUUCACUUGAAAAAUCGGAGCGAAUAGCAGCCUGAUAGCAUUUUUGCUCUUGGUCAGGCAUAGUUUUUUUUUUGAAUAUUCUUGGUCAGGCAUAGUAUAUUGUCUUUUUGCAAAGCUUAAUUACCGGUUCAUGUUAGCAGUUUUUGUAUCAUAGUAGGAUGUGGGUUGACCGAAGGCGCUUCCCGAGGGAGGGAUAAGGAAUGCGACAUCCUUGGGUUCCUCCAAACCGGUGAUGAAACUAUGCUAACUUUUUUGAGAUUUUUGUUAAGUAAGAUUAGUUAGUUGUAUCUCAGCUAGUCAGCUGUGUUGUUAGGAGAAUGAAUGAAGGGCAGAAGGGUACAGCUUUUUUGGCUUUUUGCUUGGAGAGGGGGGCGUUCUCCUUCAAACAUUGGUAUAUCCGUAUAUGCAUGGUUAAUUGUGUAUUUUGGCACAAAAGUGGAGUGUGGCAG